AUGUUUCUCUUAUAUUUGCAGAUUACUGAUCCAAUGAAUGUCUCCAAGCCAGACUCCAGUUUUGCUUCUGUGAGUGAAUUUAUACUCCUAGGUUUCCCUUUUGAAUGGCAGAUGCAGAGCCUCUUCUUCUCACUCUUUACCACAACCUACAUUCUGACCAUAACAGGAAAUGGUGCUAUUCUCUGUGCAGUGUGGUGUGACCAGAGACUUCACACACCUAUGUACAUAUUCCUGGGGAAUUUCUCCUUCCUAGAGAUCUGGUAUGUCUCUUCGACAGUCCCCAAGAUGUUGGUCAACUUUAUUACUGAUCCAAUGAAUGUCUCCAAGCCAGACUCCAGUUAUGCUUCUGUGAGAUCUCAUUUGGCCGUGGUAUCACUGUUCUAUGGCUCCCUGAUGGUCAUGUAUGUGAGCCCAGGACUCGGACAUUCUGCUGGGAUGCAGAAAGUUGCAACAUUGUUCUAUGCUAUGGUGACCCCACUCUUCAACCCUCUCAUCUACAGCCUCCGGAAUAAGGAUAUGAAAGCAGCCUUGAGGAAAGUUGUGGGGCUUUCUAGCAUAAGCUAG